CUUAUCUCUCAGUCUUAUCGUUUCCUUUGUCUAUCAGCCAGGCCGGCCGAACGUCCCACGUCAGUAACUCUCUGUGCCCCAGUUAGCAAAGACAGCGUUUCCUUUGCGAGUAAUUUUGGAGCUCUUCCCAUCCGGAGGUGAAGGAGAGAGGCAAACACACUGACAAGUGAACAAGAAACAAGGACAACAACCACAACCACCACAACAACCACAACCACCACAACAACCACAACAACCACCACCACCACCACCACCAUGGUUGCAGGAGCGAUGAUGUGCGGAGCCUUCAUCACCAAGAAGGUCCCUAUCGCCCUGCUGGUCGGCUCCGCAAUCUUCCUCAUCAGUGGGAGCGUGUGCUUGGGUCUGUACAGCAACACCCACUGCGACUGGUAUAACUCAUAUAACUAUUGUGACAAUUUCUACAGGGAAAACCUCCUCAUUAGUGGUAUCAGCUGCAUGGUGUCUGCAGGUAUAUUCCUGGUGGUGUCUCUCUGGAUGUUCUACAAGAUCUCCAACAACAGCGCACCACAGGGGAACACUUACCCUGGUGUACGUGUGGUGCAGGGAGCAGCCCUUCCCCAUCAGACCUACGUCUACCCUGCCCAGCACUACCCUGCCCAGCACUACCCUGCCCAGCAGCUGGCUAUAGGGUUUACAGUACAGCAGCAGCAGCAGCAGCAGCAGCAGCAACAGCAGCAACCGCCAGCGUACUAUUAAUUGGCCACCAUGACUAUCUUGCGUCCCAAAUGAGGACUAGCUGAUAUGAUCGAAGAUCUACUGAUUUUGUCUUUCUUCGUAUAGCAUCUUCCUCUUUUAAUCCCCCCCCCUCUUCUUCCUCCUCGUUUAUCUCUUCUUCCUUCACUUCUUCCUUGUCUUCGUCUUCACUAACAUCUGAUUUUAUUUAGGAAUAAUUCAUAACUUUUUUAACAUAAUAUCUUAUUGGUACUCCUUCUAUCAUGACACAUGAUACUGGCCAGCCUCUGGACACAUGAUACUGGCCAGCUUCUGGACACAUGAUGCUGGCCAGCCUCUGGACACAUGAUACUGGCCAGCCUCUGGACACAUGAUACUGGCCAGCCUCUGGACACAUGAUACUGGCCAGCCUCUGGACACAUGAUACUGGCCAGCCUCUGGACACAUGAUACUGGCCAGCCUCUGGACACAUGAUACUGGCCAGCCUCUGGACACAUGAUACUGGCCAGCCUCUGGACACAUGAUACUGGCCAGCCUCUGGACACAUGAAACUGGCCAGCCUCUGGACACAUGAUACUGGCCAGCCUCUGGACACAUGAUACUGGCCAGCCUCUGGACACAUGAUACUGGCCAGCCUCUGGACACAUGAUACUGGCCAGCCUCUGGACACAUGAUACUGGCCAGCUUCUGGACACAUGAUACUGGCCAGCCUCUGGACACAUGAUACUGGCCAGCCUCUGGACACAUGAUACUGGCCAGCCUCUGGACACAUGAUACUGGCCAGCCUCUGGACACAUGAUACUGGCCAGCCUCUGGACACAUGAUACUGGCCAGCCUGUGGACACAUGAUACUGGCCAGCCUCUGGACACAUGAUACUGGCCAGCCUCUGGACAUAAUGUGGCCAGUGCAGUAUCCACACCUGCACAACAGGUGUCAUAAUGUUAACAGCAAGUUAUAUGGGGUAUUUAAUUAAAUAUUUAAUAUAUAAUGAAGUUUCUAUUUUGCGAUCAAUAAAACCAAUAAAAGAUGUUUUAGA